GUGUUCUACAAUGUGAGCCUGGAAGCUCCAGCUGGAUCGCAGCCUCCAAUUGCGAUUCACUUCGUGUGUGGGGUUGAGGAGCUCCAGGAUCUGGUCGCCACGCUGAAGGAUGCUUGCAAAGAGGUAGAGAGGCAGCUAGCUAGCUAGAAUUUCAGCUAGCUAGUUACGUGUUGAUCGAAGAUUCGAAACGUAGACAGGGAGAAAUUUUUUGAUCCUAGAUAGAUACUGUAGAAAUGGACAAGAGGAGGAAGCAGCGUGUUGUGGUGGUGGGAGGUGGCAUUGCCGGGGUGCAUGUGGCAAAAGCUCUUGAAUCGGAGGCCUCGGUUUCGCUGAUCGAUCCGAAGGAUUACUUGGAGAUACCUUACGGUGCUCUUCGAAACACAGUCGAGCCUUCAUUCGCGGAGCGAUCCAUCGUUCCAUACUCGGAGUUUCUGACGCAAGUGGAGCUCGUCCAAAGCGCGGCCGUGAGUGUGAGCAGUUCUCCUGCUCAGGUCUCGACUAGCACCGGCCGAAAACUCCCUUACGACUUUUUGGUCAUCAGCACCGGAUCGCAUGCCAAGGGUGCACCCACUAGACGAGACCGCAUUCAAGAAAUCUUGGCUGACCAUGAGAGGCUGAAGCGAGCAAGUUCGAUUCUCGUCGUUGGUGGAGGUCCCGUCGGCGUGGAACUUGCUGGAGAGAUUGUCACGGACUUUCCCGAGAAAAGCGUAUCUUUGGUACAAGGCGGUCCUCGGCUCAUCGAGUUCCUCGGCCCCUCGGCUUCCACCAAGGCUCUCAACUGGUUGACGUCCAAAUCUGUCCGGGUUCUUCUGAAGGAGCGAAUCACAAGCUCGGCCUCGCCACCAAUCUUUACCACAGAGUCCGGGAAGCAAAUCCCAGCGGACACACACUUCGUGUGCACGGGUUCCAGGCCCAGCAGCUCCUGGCUCAAGGGCACCUUCCUGGAGGACUCCCUCGACGGCAAUGGAAGAUUACGGGUCGACUCGGCGCUACUCGUGAGUGGAACGCGGAACGUGUUUGCGUGUGGAGACAUCACCGACCUGAAGGAGAUUAAGCAAGGAUUUCUCGCCGAGAAGCACGCCAAGGUCGUCGCCGCAAACAUCCGAAAGCUGACGAAUGAUGCUGAUUGCGGCGACUUAAGGUGCUACUGUCCGCUGGAACGGGCAAUGGGACUGGUUUCUCUGGGGCGUCACGCAGGAGUAGCUCAACUCCCCUUUGGAACUUUUGUUGGCUGGAUCCCUGGCCUUGUCAAGAGCCGGGACUUGUUCGUUGGGAAGACCAGGAAGGGCCUUGGUCUUCGCAGCUGAAAAAGCGAGCUCCGCGUAUUAGGUUAUAGGUAGGAACGAGGGCAGGUUGUUCCCGAGAUCACGCUUCGGUGACGAGAAGAAGUCGGUCCGGUCCGGCUUUAUCUCAUCUCCAAUUCUUUGUUGGA